CUUGGGUCUACUCGACGAGCAUUUCCAAACGUGCAAAAAAUGCGUCGUCAACUUCUAGUGGAGUCAUCUUCUUGGGGAACAAUGUGAGUAAAUGUUUAGACCGAUGAGCGACCACGCGGGUGACGCAGAGGGAUCCAGUGAAACUGUAUGUCUCUUGUCCAAGUUACAGAAAUCUAUUCCUCGGCCUGAGUUUUUCCUUGAGCGAGAACACGCAGGUGAUGUGCUGUCAAGAUGCACAUAGAGAUUAGAUAACAGCUUCGCAAAAGUAGAGUAGAGCAGUUGCGAUUGUCUUUCAUGUCUCUCUUGUUCAAAAAUAGCGAGUUUCAUGUUGGCUUGAGCAAGCACAACAUUCAUUAGAAGUGAAGUCAUCUACACAGCAAGUCCUCUAUCUUCACGAAGAUGGGCGAACUCUCCGAAGAGCAGUACAAGAUGUGCUGCGACGCUUUCGCGGCCUUUUCCAGCCAGGAAGGUCUGCUGACCCCCUUCGAGUUGAAUAAUUGCAUGCGCUCGCUCGGACACGUAUGCAUUGUAAAUUUCGACCCGUACAUGUACUUACAAAAUGCAUGACAAAGAAAUAUCGCUAAUUUCAGUGUACAACUUGUCAUGCUAGACUAGGAUUGAAGGCAAGUUUUGUGAUGCAGAGACUGCAUUUGUACCUGUGCGGGAAAUUUACAACUGUGGAUAACACGCCCCGGGAUCCGAGGAAUUCGCAAAAAUUCUGGAAGAACACGACUUAUACUCGAAGGGAGGGGUAUAGGAUUUUGGGUUGACGUCGAGCUCAAGCACCAUGUUGUAAUAUUCGCAUGACAGUAUGACUGGUGAAGAUUCACACGCAUUUAUGACAAUAAAGACAUAAGUUGUACUUAGCAAAUACUAAAUGUAAAUCAGGUGUCACUCCAAGGCUUCCUCUACAUCAUCGCCCAGAGAGAGGCGUCAACAACGUUGAAAACGGGGCUACUCGACGUGUUUAGCAAAUUUGACCGAGACCAGAACGGAUUUGUAGACGCGGAAGAAAUCAAGGAGGCGAUGAUGACGCUGGGCGAAGAGCCGUUUACAGAAGACGAGUGGGUGAAACUGCUGGAGGAGUACGAGAUGCCGCCCGACAAUCUAUCCUGUGCAAAUAAAGCAUCGUACUCGUACGAAUCGCAGGCAUGCUACACAAAUUUCUUUUUCAAGCUAUUCAAUCUAUCAGCAUGGCGUAUUCCAUUUGUCAGCCAUUUGUAGCCACGCUGAACCAAAAAUUUGUAUUGCAAGAUUACGAGGACGAGGAGUGCGAU